AUGGCUCGCUUUGUUCUACCCGUCUCUUUUCUGUUGCGAAUUGCUAUAGCGGCAGAUUUGACCUUUACUGUUCCAUCAUCGCCGCCAUCUAAUUCCAGCACACAAUUAUCUGCCGCCCCCGUAGGUGUUUCUCUUGAAUUCUUUACAUUCCCAGCCUACAUGAAUGACGUUGAAGCUACAACAACUUGUCUUCAAAAUUUCAAAGAUUUGACUGGAACAUGGCCUCCCCUUAGGAUUGGAGGCACAACCCAGGACCGUGCCACAUACGACGCUUCAUUGAGUGAGGCGGUCGAUUAUACCGUUGCUAGCUCAGGAGAUGCGCCGGAUUCUCUCACCUAUGGUCCUUCAUUCAUUUCGCUAGCUGCGGGCUACGGUGGAGAGGUCAUUCUCGGUUUGAAUCGCCGCCUGGACAACAUCGCCAACACUAUCUCUGCAGCCGAGCUUGUUCAAAGUGAAGCAGACAAUCUCUAUGCUAUCGAGCUAGGCAACGAACCUAACUUUUACUCAAGCAGCGAUCCUAUUGCGAAUAGCGAGUCAUGGACUGCCGCAGCUGACUAUGCCUCGCAGACCAAAUGGCAGGACGAAGUCUGUGGCAAUCUGUCUACGACUAAUGUCAUCUCAGCUGGUGUUUAUUUUGGGACUUCACCGAUGAGUAUUGCUGGGCUUACCGCAGAUGAAGGAACCUCAAAUAAUUAUGUUAAAACAUAUUGCUCUCAUAACUAUCCCCAAUCAGCCAGCACGGCUGAUCUGGAAACUCUCAUGGGACACAGCGAUAUUGCGUCACAGAUCGCAGAAUUUGCCUCGGAGGUGUCUGCAGCAACUGAUGAGGGUAAACCCCACAUCUUUGGAGAAACAAACUCUGGGGGAGGUGGUAUUAGCCCGACAUUUGGGGCCGGACUAUGGAUUCUUGACUACGUUAUGCAAACUUUAUUAAUGGGCACAAAGGCCCUUUACUUCCAUCAAGGUACUAUUGGAAACUGUCAGUAUUGUUGGUGGGGUCGAUACGACAUGGGCGCCCCCUACUAUGGAGCCUACUUUGCGACUAUGGCAUUAGCGGAUGCCGAUCAGAUUGCACCGCUGGACAGCCAGACUACAGCAUACGCCGCCUACGCAAUUUACAAGUCAGGAGUCCCUACCAAGGUGCUUCUAUACAACUCAGAUUAUUAUACCAGCGGAACGCGCUCCUCGCAGACUUAUGUACUUUCCGGCCUAUCUCCAUCCAGUGUCACUGCAAAGCGUCUCACGGCUCCUUACUCUACAUCCCGGGUCGAUCAAGGAAGCAACCCAACGAUUGCCGGCCAAACAUUCGUAAAUGGAACUUGCACCAUUCAGGGAACAGAGAGUAUUGAAACAACUACCGUCUCCAGUGGUAAGGCUAGCUUCAUACUGGCUGCUUCUGAAGCCCUUUUAGUUUAUCUAUAA